CGCCGAAGGGAAGGUUAUUUUCAAGUGAUACGUCCUGGAGGCGCCCGUCGUCUUCGCCGGUACAACCAUAACGCCGCCCGCUCUAAAACGACCGAGACGGGACACGGUGGAUUCGUCGCCGCCACCCGCUCGUACCGCAGCCCCCGGCAACCCCGGACCGUCCGGCAAACUCGCCUGCAUCAUGGACGCGCCGCUUUCGCAGAGCAUGGACUCCGUCAACACGGUGGCCACCGGCGAAGACGAGGUGCGCACCUUGUUCGUGAGCGGCUUGCCGAUGGACACCAAGCCGAGGGAGCUCUAUCUGCUUUUCAGAGCAUACGAGGGGUACGAGGGGUCGCUGUUAAAAGUCACGAGUAAAAAUGGGAAAACAGCGUCGCCGGUGGGAUUCGUGACUUUUCACACGAGGGCAGGCGCGGAGGCGGCGAAGCAGGAUCUGCAGCAGGGGGUUAGAUUCGAUCCUGAUAUGCCACAAACCAUACGUUUGGAAUUUGCAAAAAGUAACACAAAGGUUAGCAAACCCAAGCAACCAGCCGCUGCAGCAGCCACCUCGCACCCCGCUCUGAUGCACCCUUUAACGGGACACCUAGGGAGUCCGUUCUUCCCCGGUGGUCCUGAAUUGUGGCAUCAUCCAUUGGCGUAUUCUACAGCCGGCGAAUUACCGGGCACGCUGCAACAUGCGACGCUGGUGCACCCGGCGUUACAUCCUCAGGUCCCCGCGCCUAUGUCCCUGCCGCAUCCUACGACGUUGACGUCGAUACACGCGUCGCUGCCUCAUUUUUUACCGUCGCCGGCACUGGCGUCACCGGUCGGAUCACCCUCGUCACAGCCGAACAUCGUCAGCAAUGCGCAGUGCUCCACCCUCUUCGUGGCAAACCUGGGCCAGUUCGUGUCCGAGCAUGAGCUAAAGGACAUCUUCAGCAGUUUUCCUGGUUUCUCCCGGCUUCGUAUGCACACGAAGGGAGGGUCGCCAGUGGCCUUUGUCGAAUAUCAAGACGUUCGCUACGCGGCCCAGGCGAUGGCCACUCUCCAAGGAUCCUUUCUCCUCUCCUCCGACCGGGGAGCGAUACGAAUCGAAUAUGCAAAGUCAAAAAUGGCCGAGGUGGGCUUUACAAAUCUCUGGAUCGAAAAAGAAGUAAUUAAUUCCGUCUGUGAUGGUCUCGCGUAUUAGUGACAUGCGAUUUAAAUAUGAAAGCGUCAUCUCGUUGCAAUUAGGGAUCAAAGAGACAAGAAAACGGCCAACCUUAAGAUCGACAUCAACGGCAUGUAAGAAGGCAGAUUAUCGGGUUGCCGGAGGAGACGACAGGACGUGCGUAGGACAGAAUAUCCAUCGGAAAACAAGACACGAGGAAGAACCAUACAAGAAAUCGCACGCUAUUGAGCAGUUGAAGACUCGUUGACGAGAGAUCGCAGGGAGCGAGCGUAGGAGCGCGAGAGCAGCAAACACACACAUACACAUAUACGCGCACACACACGCAUACACACAUACACAUGAAGAAGAAAAGAAGAGGAGAGACGCAAAAAUUGCGAGUGUGGGUGGAAGGGUGAGAGAUCCCGGUCGCUCCCUUCCGCCCGGAAGGGACACAGCGAGCACGUCGGUAGGCAAAUUCUUGUAAAUUCUUCGACGUUGCAGAGCGGAGAGGCGUGUUGGUUCGCGCGACUCUAGCGGGGGGCCCAAUAUAAUCACAUAAUAAUUCCUAGGUAUAUAUAUUUUUUAACGAACUUAACUUAUCUCGAUUCGCGUACCUACCUUUACCUACUAUUUAUUUUCACCGUGUCUUUGAUCGCGAUCGACGACGACGAAGCGAGAGACAAGGGGCUGGGGGUGGGAGGGAUGAUAAAGAGGUGAGAUCGAAGAGGAGGCAGCGGAAGAACGAAGGAUGGCGAGGAAGCGAAUUUUGUUUCUUGUAUGUGUACGCAUACGUAAAGAAAAAUGGCACUCUUCGCAGUCACACGCGCACGUUAUAUCGCGAUAUUUGUUAACACGUACACGUAUACAAUACACACACACAAAAAUACAUUUACACGCGACAGUCGCGAAGAUUUUAUCAGACAUAUCAUGCCACCCAGGGGUGUAUCCGCGAUGUAUCAUGUAAAUUGCAUUCAACGAUAAUCUAUUGGGUGUUUUGGAAAGGGAACUUGUAAAAAAAUUCGCUAAAUAAGUCAUUACAUCGAGCUCGAGCUUUUCGAAUUGUUCGUAUCGGUGGAAAAGUAAUAAGUCGUGAGAAUCGAGUCUCGCAAAAAAGAAAAAAGAAAUCAAGCUCAUUAACGCGCGAUUGAAGCGCGCGUGAUAGAACAAUGCGAAUCCCGGUGGCGGCUCUAACGCGAAAUUGCGUAUUCCACACACUGAAACGAUACAAGCGAGGCGAAGAUGAGUACAUCAAGCUUAAUACCAAAGGUGCCCUAAGAAGCGUGUAUUUAUGUUUUAUCAUCGGCGCGUCGCGCGAAGCACGAGCGCGCGUACAUUUAACUAUUGUAUCUUGUUAAGAAGAGUCUAGUGUCCUAGGUGAGGAUGAAGGAAGUGAGAGGGAGAGGGAGAGAAACACA